AUGCGGGCCUGGUCUCGACUUCGGCCGGAUCUCCUGGGACAAAAGAAAAUUCUCAAGCCGCGAUCGCAUGAAGUGUACAUAUCUCAUGGAGUAUUCGUGCCUUUGUCCGCAACACAAGUCGAACCAGUGCAGGUGGCCGAAAUGCCGACGCCAGUAUCUUUUCCAGUACCACUCAUCGACGAAAAUAGCAGGACAAUGGUCGAGUAUGACUUCGACACGAUAUUCAACCAUCCGCAAGUGAUGAUGCGUGAUCGAGAUGCAGUUGAGAAGAAGCUACGGAUCAUGGUCGAGGGUGGCAAAGAAAAGCUCAUGGUGAUUUCUGACUUUGACUACACCUUAUCAAGAUACGAAGAUAGCCUUGGAAGACGAUGUUGGACCACCCACGGCGUGUUCGACAACUGUUCAAAACAGGUUGAUCCGGAAUUGUCCUUGAAGUUGCAACGUCUAAAGGAAAAAUAUUUCCCGGUUGAAUUCGAUCCAAAACUCACACUCGAACAAAAAGUACCUUACAUGGAAGAAUGGUGGAACACUUCCCACAAUCACAUUGUUUCCGCCAGAUUCCAUCGGAGGACUGUUGAGAACUUUGUGCGGAAUUCGAAAAUCAUUUUGCGGGACCAAGCAGAUCAGAUGAUGACGCGUCUGAAUCAACUUGGCGUUCCUCUGGUCGUGUUCUCUGCUGGUAUUGGAAAUAUCAUCGAGAUGUAUUUGGAGCAACGAUUGGGCCAAAUUCCAUCAAACAUACACAUAAUAUCAAAUAUGAUGAAUUUCGAUGAC